AAUAGAUUAAAAAAAAGAGCAGCAGCCAAGGCCCAGGCCCCAGGGGGAGGAAGAGAGGAUCGAAACCCUAGGCGACCGAGCGAGCGAGCUCGGGCAGCGAUGGCGGCGGCGGUGGCGGGGGCAGCGCCGGAGUCGUACAUCGGGAGCGUCAUAAGCCUCACAUCGAAGAGCGAGAUCCGGUACGAGGGCGUCCUCUACACCAUCAACACCGAGGAGUCCAGCAUCGGCCUCAGGAACGUUCGUUCGUUCGGAACUGAAGGUCGUAAGAAGGAUGGUCAACAGAUUCCAGCCAGUGACAAGAUAUAUGAAUACAUACUAUUUCGAGGAAGCGAUAUAAAGGAUUUGCAAGUCAAAUCCUCUCCACCAGCUCAGCCUACUACUUUACACAAUGAUCCAGCGAUUAUUCAGUCGCAUUAUCCUCGUCCUGCCUCUACAACCGUACUGCCUCCUGCAAGCACAACUACAGCUGAUCCUGCCUCACACAAUGGUCAGUCAGGAUUUCAGAUGCCACCACCAUUGCCCCAAUAUCAACCUGGGUCCAGUUUACCAUCAUGGAACUCAUCACCUAUGCCAUCAUCUGCGAAUGGCACUGGCCUUACGAUGCCAGCAAUGUACUGGCCAGGAUUUUACACACCACCAAGUGGGUUUCCUCAUUUGCAACCACCGCCCUUUCUUCGUCCAACACAUGGCUUGACAGUUCCACAGGUCCUGCAGCAGCCCAUGCAAUAUCCUGGACUUAAUGCAUCUUUACCACCUUUUCCUAGAAUGCCAGAGUUUGCUUCGUUACCACAACCUGGUAGCGGUAAUAACUUGAGCCAGAAUCCAGGUGUAUCCACAUCAAUGCCAAUCCCUGUCUUAUCAAUCGCUCAGGCAACUGAUUCAUCUACAAACCAGCUUCCAAAUAAGCUGUCAUCCGUUCCGGCUUCUGUGUUCUCCGUGGGCUUAACUCCCCCAUCUGUUAAUCCAUCGGUUUCUACAAUUGAAUCAACUAUGUCCCAAUCACAAGGCAUCUCUCCUCUGGUGAACAAUAUGCCAGUCUCUCUUCCUGACUCUAGUAUACCAUCUGCCAGCAGUAAUAAGGCCAUGAAUAUACCUGUGCCAACUUAUCUACCUUCCUCUCAGUCACCAUCAGCUAAUAUUGCAGCAAGUGCAGCCACCGUUGCGGAAUUGGUUACAUUGAUCACUCCUGGCCAACUUCUGCCACCCAUUUCUUCUACAGCCCUUACAACUGCUGCCUUGGAAACAGCUUCAACUAUGAUUCCAUCCCCAAAGGCUGACUCUAUGAUUUCUUCCUCUCAGGCUGCCCCCUCUAUGGAUGCAUCCUCUCAGCUUACUUCCUCUGUAGUUUCACCUUCACAGGAUCAGUUUGCUUCCUCAACUGUUCCAUCACAUCAACAGCUGGAGCAAAACAAUGAAGAUAGAGACACCAAGAAGCCUGAAUGGAAGGCUAAACAACAUCCAGCUGCUCCAUCCAACAAGGAGCCGCUGUUGCCAGCACCUAAGCCUACCCUACACAAGCCUGUUGGAGCUUCCUCAUACACCCAAUACAACAAUAGAGGCCGAGGAAGAGGAAGAGGUCGAGGAAGAGGAAUUGGGCAAUCUCGCCCUAUAACCAAGUUUACAGAGGACUUCGAUUUCAUGGCAAUGAAUGAGAAGUUUAACAAAGAUGAAGUAUGGGGCCAUCUUGGUAAAAACAAAGGGCAGUCGAAUGAUGAUCCUAAUGAGUAUGAAGAUGAUGUUCUAGAAGAUGAUAUUUCUCCUGGGAAGCCAGAAGCUAAGCCUGUGUAUGUCAAAGACGACUUUUUUGAUUCACUGUCAUGCAAUACCAUUGAUAAUGGAGGGGGUAAUGGAAGAAUCAAAUUCUCAGAGCAGAGAAAAAUAGACACAGAGACUUUCGGUGAUUCUGCAAGGCAUCAGCCAAUGGGCAUGCGCGGCGGUGGGAGAGGUCCCCGGGGUGGACCACGUGGUCGUGGCUACUAUGGAAGAGGGUAUGGAUAUACAGGAAGGGAACGUGGCUACUACCCAAACUAUCAAUCUCAAUAAGUAGAGCUGUUCCCUUGUGAUAAGCAGAUGAAUGGUGAUGGAGAAGGAAGAGCCUUUAUGGCUAUAUUUGAAGUGUAAUAUCUCAAGUCCCAGCUUGGCAGUUUGAGAACAAAGAUGUCAGUUCAUAUCCUCCAGCUUACAGACAAACUGGCCUCAUCAACGAAGCAAUCGAUUUUAUAGAAUUAAGAAUCCUCACAGCAAGCUUCAUGUAGAGCUCCGCUUUCCUGAAUUCCUCUCAGUGUUGAUGCUCGUUGCUCUCCUGAAGCUGAUGGGAUAUAUAAACUAUAUUAUUUUGUGAUUCAGCAAAUGAUUAUAUCCAGUCUUACUUUUGGUACUGUGAGAGCAGAUAUGUUAGUUCUGUCAAAUUAUCAAUGUUUUAUUGAGCUUGGUGCUUAGUAGCUAUAUCUUGGAGCGUUCCGUUUGGUAGAGUUAUUGUGGUUUUCCUGGUACACAUAACACAUCGAUGUGCAGAGAUAUUUAUGUCUACCGCCACGUGGAUUUGAAUUGCUGCGGUUCAAUUGUACAGCUUAAUAUGAUGACGGCGCUCGUGAUUUAAGCUGGAGGCUCAAGAAGGUACUGUGAGCGAUAGUUGGUAGCAACUGUGUAGAUAGAGGAUAGAGCUCCUCUCUAGGUUGCUGUAGGCGUUAGAUAGGUGAAAAUUGAAAAGUGUAUGGACAAGCGCUGAAUCCAAUCAAGAUUGAGGCCACGCGAUCUGCACGCCUUCCUGCUAUUCUGUCAGUGUUAUUUGUUUG